AUGCUAAAAUAUUACACUUGUACAUUUUUGUGUUACAUUUGUCUCAUCAUUGUCAUCGAGGCAAGGACAAGAACAAAGGAUUAUGAUAAAAACUUGGGCGUGAAAGCAGUAACAAGACUGUGUGGUAUGGAAGGAGAGGAAUGCAUGGAUGAUUUCAAUUGUUGUGAAGAGUAUGAAUGUAGCCCUGAUUUACAAUGUCAACUUAGAAAUGCUAGAAAUAAAAUUGUUGGAUCUUAUCGAAAUUUAUGUGUAGCUGAUUAUGAUUGUCCACCAGGAUGGUGUUGUGAAGGCAAAUUAUAUGCACGUCGUUGUACACAAGAUUGUAGUAGAAAAACUGAACCAGAUGUUGUUCCAGCUGGAAGUUAUUAUGGACGACAAUUUUGGAAUUUAUGGGCACAUAAACGUCAUAUGGAUCGUAAUCAUUAUUGA